CUGGCUGACUUCCGCGUAUGGUUUUAUUUUAGUUGUAGAGAAGCAUGGCAGGAGAACCGUGGAACAGGGUAAAUAUUACCUUUCCUGGCGCUGUUUCCAGUGUGCGUAUACACUUCACCUCAACAACAGGUGCAAGCGUUAAAACCCUGCUGGCGGAAAACGAGAAGGUCCUUAAGCUGCUCCGCAGUGAGAUUCUUCAAACGGAGGUACGGCUACUCUACGAGCUGCUGUACAUCCUUAACAACAGCUACAGAGGAAACAAGACGUUCAAGGGUUUAAAACAGGUUGAGCAAUGUAUAAAUAGGCUGAAGAACAUGAAGCUGGACGUGGCUCUUGCGGAGCUGACUGAGCUGUGCCCCAACAGGAUUCAGAGAGGUCUCAGCAUCAAGGCUGGUGAGUGUGAUGUUCCAAGUCAACCCAUGCUGGAGUGGCUUUGUCUCAAAGUGCUGGGAGCUGCCCAGCUGAUGAGCUGCACACUGAAUCGCUGCAGCAGAGCUUUUGUACUCGCAAAGCAGCAGAUGAAAUGGGAGGAGUUUGUUAUCUUGAAUGUGGUGAUAACCAGCAUGCUCAGUCGUCUGUGGGUGAUUUUCCGUGGUGUUCUGGUCAGCCUGUCCACUCUGUACCAGCAGCUCCUUGAGUUCCUCAGAGAAGUAGCCCAUGCCCAGCCCAUGCCCUUCCUCACAGACUUCUCCCUGCCAGCAGACAUGGCUCAGUUCCUGGGUCCCUCUGUUGCAUUUUUACUGAUCAAACAAUCAAAGCAUGAUUCCCAUUCCAAAAACCACAAGGAAAAGCAGCAGAAGAAAAAUAAAUUUUUGGCUAAAGGCAAAAAGCAGAGGCAAACAGGGAAAGUUAAAGAAGACCUGGGUGUUGCUGUUGAAAGAGAUAUAGUUCAUGACACUGACAUGAAGCCUUUUCUCAAGAUUUUCAGGAACUUUACAGAGGGCAAAUCCUUCCCAGAGGGAUCUCACAAAGCUGAGAGACAAAAAUUCAAGAAACAAGUGAGAGCAGCUACUACUUUCACAGACAUGGCAGGCCGUCUAGAAGAAAUGAUCCUGUGGUGCAAAUCCCGGAGGAUGGAAAAGGAAAAACGUCUUUUAACCUUCCUGCGUUUGAAGUGCCACAAGAUGAAGUGCUUGGAGGCUGCAGGUUACAAUGUCCAGAGGAAGUUGCAGAGCUUUAGACAGGAAACUUGCUGGGCUUUAUUUCCUCAAGGAUCAGCGCCAAGUACCUGCCGCUCCUCUGCUGCAGUGAGGAGAAGUGCCCGCAUGAGAACCCGUUGUCAGUCACUCAGGAGUCGAUUGAAGUCUUCAACAGUCAAAACUAGUGUAAAAAAGAAAGGCUUGAAGAGACCAAGAUGGAGGAAUGAGUUAUCAGUGUCUGGACUGCUGGAGGGCGAUCAGAGAGGCAGGACUACAUACGAGGCGACACCUCAGACCACAGACCGCGACAGCCACGAUGACAUAGAUGACAUUUUUGCCUCUAUAGGUUUGUGACAGUUUGUGACGCAAGCUCAUUAAACAGUAUGGCUCAUUCCAGUAUUUUGAACAGAAUAAUAAUAAUGAACUGAUGAUUUAAAGGUGACAGUCUGAUCAUACACAGCAUCACAACAGUAUUAUAUGCUGAUUUAAAGCUCUCAGUCUCUAGAGGUGAGCAAAAUAGAUUUUUACUUGGUUAUUUUCAAAGCAGAACAUAAAGUUUAAGGUGAUUAGAUUUAACAGUGGGGUUGCCUUGAUACCAGAAUUCUGAAUUUCAUUGCAUCUGUGCGAUAAAACUUUUUAGCCAUAUUAUUCAGUUUUGAAUAAUGAUAUUUAAGCUUUUCAAAAGGAGAAACUUUAGAAAAAGCGAUGGCCAUUUUGGCUCAGGAUAGUAAGAUCACUUCAUAGCCAUCAUCUAUGUUGAAAUGCAGUAUUUUAAAUCAUGUCUGCUUGUAUCAUUUACAAAAAAAUAUUCCAUAUGCAAGAAAGUUGAUUUUCUGUCUUUCAUAAUGUGCAGGCUGUCAAGUGCAGAAAAGUUAUCUUUGACAUUUCAAUAAAGAUCUUCCCAGACA